AUGGAGGCCUUCGCCUCAAACAGCUCGUCGACGGCAGCCGCCGUGACAUUCAUCACAUUUGUUCAAGACCUCAAGAAGAAAACGAAAGCAUGGGGUCCAAUGAUAGAACUAUGCGCCAGCGGAGAGAAAACGUUAGAACGUUUCAGAUACCAAUUUCCGGACGACUGGCUGUAUAGCGACCAGCUUCGAGGCGAAUGGAGUGCAUACAACGAGAUAUUGAAACGGAAGAACGACUCCAUUCAAGAACAACUUGCUGGGUUACAACUGAAGAUUGUUGCUGAAGACAAGAUAGUCGAGAACAAGAUUAACGAUGUCAUUGUCGAGUGGGAGCAGAGUCGGCCCGUGCAAGGCAGUUUGCGCGCGGAUACGGCUAUGAAUACUAUCAACGUACUCGAGGGAAAGAUCACUCGCGUUGCGGAAGAGUACGACCUCGUCUGCCGAGCGAAAGAGGCCCUUGAUCUCGAAUUAACGCGUCAUACCCGCUUGGAGCCUGUCUUCGAGGAAUUACGCGACUUGAAGGCCGUCUGGACAGCGCUAUCGGGUGUAUGGAACCAGAUUGGGGAGUUGAGGGAACUUGCGUGGGCGACGGUGCAGCCGAGGAAGCUACGUCAGCAAAUUGAUGGCCUGCUCUCGUCGACGAAGGAAAUGCCAACACGGAUGAGGCAGUAUGCCGCUUUCGAAUACGUGCAAGAUGUGUUGAGGGGUUUAUUGAAGUCGAAUUCAUUGAUUUCGGAGCUGAAGAGUGAGGCGUUGAAGGAUAGGCAUUGGAAGCAGCUCUUCAAGGUGUUGAAGCUGCCUGCUCAGAUCAGUCUGACCUUAAUGGUGUUAGGCAACGUUUAUGACUUGGAUUUGAAGAGGAAUGAAGCUUUGAUCAAAGAAGUGAUCAUCCAAGCUCAGGGAGAGAUGGCCCUCGAAGAGUACAUCAAACAAGUCAAGGAAGUUUGGACGAACUACACUCUUGACCUGGUCAACUACCAGAACAAGUGCCGUUUGAUUCGCGGAUGGGAUGAUUUAUUCACCAAGUGCGGCGAGAACUUGAAUUCCUUGACGGCGAUGAAGCUUUCGCCCUAUUACAAGGUGUUCGAAGAAGAGGCGAGUUCAUGGGAAGAGAAGCUCAACAGGAUCCACGUCCUCUUCGACGUUUGGAUUGACGUGCAGCGCCAGUGGGUUUACCUCGAAGGCAUCUUCUCCGGCAGCGCCGAUAUUAAGCAUCUCCUUCCCGUCGAGAGCGCUCGUUUCCAGAACAUCAACACCGAAUUCCUCACCGUGAUGAAGAAGGUUUACAAGUCCCCCUUCAUCCUCGAUGUCAUGAACAUCCAAGGCAUACAGAAGAGUCUCGAACGUUUGGCUGACCAGCUCAACAAAAUCCAGAAGGCUCUUGGAGAAUACCUAGAGCGGGAGCGUUCUUCCUUCCCCCGCUUCUAUUUUGUUGGUGACGAAGAUCUUCUCGAAAUCAUCGGUAACAGCAAAGACAUCCUACGCAUCAUGAAGCAUCUGAAGAAGAUGUUCGCGGGUAUCUCCAAUGUUAGGCUCGACGAGGACCUCACCCAGAUUCAAAGCAUGUCGUCGAGGGAAGGUGAAGAAGUGCAAUUCACGGAGCCCAUCUUACUCAAGGAUUACCCGAAGAUCAACGACUGGCUAGCCAAGAUUGAGUCUAUGAUGCAGGUUUCACUCGCUAACCUGUUGACUGACGCCGUCACCGAGCUGGAAACAUUCUUUGGCAACGGGUCGAAGCUACAAAUGGAACCAUUGAUCGAGUGGAUGGAGAAGUAUCCCGCUCAACUUGUCACGUUGGCGAUCCAAAUUGCUUGGACAACCUCUGUCGAGGCAUCACUAGAGGCUUCCCAACCCCCGGAGGAAGCUCUCGACACUACGCAUCAAGCACUCGACCUCCUGGCUGAUAUCGUCCUCCGAGAGCUGAGCGCCGUCACCCGUCGCAAGUGCGAACAUCUCAUUACCGAACUCGUCCAUCAGCGUGAUGUCAUUCGAUUGCUUAUCCAACAACGUGUCCUUGACUCGAAGAACUUCACUUGGUUGUACCAAAUGCGCUUCUACCUGAACAAGUCCGAUGAGAACCCCCUGGAAAGACUCGCGAUCAAAGUCGCUGAUGCUUCGUUCCCUUACGGCUGGGAGUAUCUUGGUGUCCCCGACCGACUCGUCCAAACCCCAUUGACGGACCGUGUUUACUUGACGCUGACGCAAGCACUAGAUACUCAACUCGGAGGCGCGCCCUUCGGACCCGCUGGAACUGGCAAGACCGAGUCCGUCAAGGCUCUCGGAGUUCAACUUGGUCGGUUUGUGCUGGUGUUCUGCUGUGACGAAACCUUCGAUUUCCAGGCUAUGGGUCGAAUCUUCAUUGGGUUGUGUCAAGUCGGUGCCUGGGGAUGUUUUGACGAGUUCAAUCGACUGGAAGAGCGCAUUCUUAGUGCCGUUUCGCAGCAAGUUCAGACUAUCCAACAAGGUCUUUCUUUGGUAGCGAAGAAUCCCAAUACGGAGAUCGAACUUGUUGGCAAGAGUUUGAAACUCAACAAGAAUAUGGGUAUAUUCAUCACGACUAACCCUAAUUAUGCCGGUCGUUCUCAACUCCCUCCAAAUCUUACGAAGCUCUUCAGACCAAUGGCCAUGACACGACCCGAUCGAGAAUUAAUCGCCCAGGUCAUGUUGUUCUCUCAAGGUUUCCGUACCGCCGAAUCUCUCGCGUCGAAGAUCGUCCCGUUCUUCAACCUUUGCGACGAACAACUCUCUCCUCAGCCCCAUUACGACUUCGGUUUGCGGGCGUUGAAAGCCGUCUUGUCCAGCGCUGGUAUCCUUAAACGUGAACGCCUGAUAAGUGACAAGGCUGCCGAGUCCGAAGAUCCCAAUUUCGGGGGCCUCUCCGACAUCAUUUCAGAGCAAAUUAUCCUCAUUCAGAGUGUCACUGAGACAAUCGUUCCGAAGCUGGUCGCUGACGAUGUUCCUCUUCUAACAAGUCUCUUAGCAGACGUGUUCCCGGGCGUUGACUACGAGCCCGUGGAUUUAGAUGCCCUCAGGCAAGAAAUUCUUAAGGUCUGCGCUGACCGCCGUUUGGAGACAGGAGAUCGUUGGAUUGCGAAGAUUCUGCAGCUAUAUCAGAUCCAGAAGAUCCAACAUGGACUGAUGAUGGUUGGCCCGUCUGGAAGCGGGAAGACCCAAGCUUGGCAGGUUUUGCUUGCGGCAUUGGCCCGACUAGAUGGAACAGAGGGCGUGUCAUAUGUUAUUGAUCCCAAGGCCAUGCACAAGGAUGCGCUCUACGGCACAUUGGAUCCAACUACGCGAGAAUGGAAUGAUGGUCUUUUCACGCAUAUCCUACGUAAGAUCGUCGAUGAUGUCCGUGGCGAGAGCAGCAAACGUCAUUGGAUUAUCUUUGACGGUGACGUUGAUCCAGAAUGGGUCGAGAAUUUGAACAGUGUUCUGGACGACAACAAGCUCCUGACGUUACCCAACGGAGAACGUCUGAAUCUUCCUCCUAAUGUACGGAUCAUGUUCGAGGUCGAGCAUCUCAGAUAUGCAACCCUCGCCACCGUCAGUCGUUGCGGGAUGAUUUGGUUUAGCGACGACGUGGUCACGCCGUCGAUGGUCUAUCAAAAUUACCUGGCCACAUUGUCCACGAACCCUCUUGAUGCAGACGAUGAAGACGCUGCCGACACUCUCCGCCGUCGUACUGAGCCAAGCGCCACCGAUGCCGCGUCAUCCCCGCACCUCAACACGCAGAAACUCAUCGCGACUAUCUUGGAGCGUUACUUCGAACCUGGCGAUCUCGUUAGCUCGGCUCUCGAAUUCGCAGAAUCAAUCGAACAUAUUAUGGACUUCACCGUGACACGCGCCCUGAACACUCUCUUUUCGCUGAUCAAUAAGACAGUCCGCAAUGUCAUCGAGUACAACAUCCAACACUCCGAUUUCCCUCUGGCCCCUGAGCGUGUUGAACAAUACGUUACCAAGAGGCUUUUGAUCAGCAUCAUUUGGGCCUUUUCUGGGGAUGCGAAGUUGGACCUUCGCGCGGAAAUGGGCGAGUUUCUACGCACUCGGACUGGCAUUGAUUUGCCUCCAAUGGCCUCAGGCAGUUCUCUCAUCGAUUUCGACGUUCAAGUUAACACUGGAGAAUGGGCCGGUUGGCAGUCUCGAGUACCCAGCAUCGAAAUCGACUCCCAUGCAGUUACUGCCUCAGACGUCGUCGUACCUACGAUCGACACGGUCAGACAUGAGGAAGUGCUAUACUCGUGGCUAUCUGAACAUAAGCCCCUCAUGUUGUGUGGGCCACCGGGUUCCGGGAAGACCAUGACGUUGUUCAGUGCUCUCAGAAAGCUGCCAGACAUGGAGGUGGUUGGCCUGAAUUUCUCCAGUGCAACUACUCCGGAGUUGAUUUUGAAGACAUUCGAGCAAUAUUGCGAGUAUCGGAAGACUCCGAACGGCGUCCUCCUUUCUCCUGUUCAAAUUGGAAGAUGGCUUGUCGUGUUCUGCGAUGAAAUCAAUCUUCCAGCUCCAGACAAGUACGGUACCCAACGCGUUAUCUCUUUCAUUCGCCAGCUCGUAGAAUGUGGCGGCUUUUGGCGCUCUAGCGACAUGGCAUGGGUGAAACUCGAACGAAUCCAGUUUGUCGGUGCCUGCAACCCUCCUACAGACCCCGGUCGAGUGCCCCUUACGCAUCGAUUCCUCCGUCACGCCCCUCUUGUCAUGGUGGACUAUCCUGGCGAAAUCUCUCUCAAACAGAUCUAUGGAACGUAUAAUCGUGCUGCCCUUAAAGUUCUACCUUCUCUGAGGGCGUACGCGGAACCCCUUACAGACGCCAUGGUGACGUUCUACCUUGCAUCUCAGAAGAGGUUUACCACGGACGUACAAGCCCAUUAUGUGUACAGUCCUCGUGAGCUGACACGGUGGGUGCGAGGUAUAUAUGAGGCGAUCAAACCCCUUGAAACACUCUCGGUCGAGGGUUUGGUCCGAAUUUGGGCUCAUGAGGCUCUACGUCUUUUCCAAGAUCGACUUGUGACCGAGGAUGAGAAACAAUGGACCGAUGAAAACAUUGAUUCAGUUGCGACAGAACAUUUCCCCACUAUCAACCGUGAGGAAGCGCUGGGACGACCAAUUCUGUUCUCCAACUGGACAUCCAAACACUACAUCCCAGUCGACAGGGAGACGCUUCGAGAAUAUACGAAAGCCCGCCUCAGAGUGUUCUAUGAAGAGGAAUUGGACGUACCUUUGGUCCUCUUCAAUGACGUACUGGAUCAUGUCCUGCGGAUUGAUCGUGUGUUCCGACAAAUACAAGGACAUCUUCUGCUAAUCGGUGUCAGUGGAAGUGGCAAGACAACGCUCUCCCGUUUCGUAGCCUGGAUGAACGGCUUGAGCAUAUUCCAAAUCAAGGUUUCGAACAAGUAUACCGGUGAUGACUUUGACGAAGAUCUUCGGACGGUUCUUAGACGUGCAGGAUGCAAAAGCGAGAAAAUUUGCUUCAUCAUGGACGAGUCCAACGUGCUCGACUCUGGUUUCCUAGAACGCAUGAACACGUUAUUGGCGAACGCAGAAGUUCCAGGUCUAUUCGAAGGGGAUGAACAUGCGGCGCUCAUGACAGCGUGCAAAGAGGGAUCACAACGUGACGGCUUGAUGCUAGACUCGCACGAAGAGUUGUAUCGUUGGUUCACGCAGCAGGUCGCCAAAAAUCUGCACGUCGUGUUCACGAUGAACCCUCCUGCCAAUGGCUUAGCUUCCAGAGCCGCAACCUCGCCAGCUCUGUUCAAUCGCUGUGUUCUUGAUUGGUUCGGAGAUUGGUCCGACCAGGCGUUCUAUCAAGUCGGGAUGGAGUUCACCCACACUCUUGAUAUGGAUUUACCAUCCUACAACCCCCCUGUCAACUUUCCUAUUGCCUACAGGGGCUUACAAAUUCCACCCACCCACCGUACCGCCGUGGUCAAUGCUCUCGUACACGUACAUGCCUCGCUGCACGCCAUUAAUCAACGACUCAGUCGACGUCAAGGCCGGUACAACUAUGUUACACCUCGGCACUACCUUGAUUUCAUCAAUCACUACGUACGACUGUACAAUGAGAAGCGCGACGAGCUAGAAGAGCAACAACGCCAUCUACACGUUGGUUUGGAUAAGCUCCGCGAUACUGUGACUCAGGUCGAAGAGCUGCGGAAGAGUCUUGCUUUGAAACGCUCCCAACUCCAGGCCAAGGAUGCUGAAGCUAAUGAGAAGCUGAAACGCAUGGUAGCCGACCAACAGGAAGCUGAGCAAAAGAAAUCUGCCUCCAUUCAAAUCCAAGCAGCCUUGGUAGAGCAAGAUCGCCAUAUCGAACAACGACGGGCCGUGGUUAUGGCAGACUUGGCCGAUGCGGAGCCUGCAGUGCUGGAUGCUCAAUCAGCCGUCGGCAACAUCAAGCGCCAGCACCUUCAAGAGGUUCGUGCUAUGGCUAAUCCCCCAGAAGCUGUCAAGCUUGCCAUGGAAUCUGUCUGCACCGUCCUCGGCCAUAAAAUCGAUAGUUGGCGAACCGUGCAAGGAAUUAUUCGUCGAGACGACUUCAUUCAGCGGAUUGUCAAUUUCGAUACGACAAACCAGAUGACCAGGCAAGUUCGCGAGAUGAUGAAAAAGGAUUUCCUCAGUAGGCCAUCGUUCAACUUCGAGACAGUCCAGCGCGCAAGUAGAGCAUGUGGGCCUCUUGUCAAAUGGGUAAUCGCCCAGGUUCGGUUCUCCGAAAUCUUGGAUAAGGUGGAGCCACUGCGCAACGAGGUGCAAUCAUUGGAAACCCAGGCAGAGACGACCAAGAAACAGGCUGCUGCCAUUAUCCAGAUGAUAGCUGAGCUAGAGGCGAAGAUCAAGACAUACAAAGAGGAAUACGCGCUUCUCAUCAGCGAAACGCAAGCUAUCAAGUCGGAAAUGGAGAGGGUACAGAGCAAAGUAGACCGCAGCAUGAAACUUCUAGAGAGUUUGUCUUCCGAGCGUGGCCGAUGGGAAUCCGGAAGCCGUACCUUCGAUGCUGAGAUGAGUACUAUCGUCGGAGACGUCCUUCUCUCUGCUGCUUUCCUUGCGUACGGCGGCUUCUUCGACCAGCAUUAUCGCGAGGUCAUGUGGCAGGAAUGGUCUAACCACUUGGUCGAGGCGAACGUCAAGUUCAAACCUGAACUCUCCUUCACGGAAUAUCUAUCCACUGCGGACGAUCGUUUAAGUUGGCAAUCCAAGUCGCUACCCUCUGAUAACCUCACUACCGAAAAUGCCAUCAUGCUCAAACGUUUCAACCGAUACCCUCUCAUCAUCGAUCCUACAGGCCAAGCGACGAAAUUCUUGCUUAAUGAAUACAAGGAGCGCAAAAUCACUGUCACCAGCUUCUUGGACGACGCGUUCCUCAAGGUUUUAGAGAGUGCUCUUCGUUUCGGUAGUCCUCUCUUGAUUCAAGACGUCGAGCACCUUGACCCUAUCCUCAAUGCCGUUCUAAACAAAGAGAUCCGACGCACCGGCGGUCGUGUCCUUAUUCGACUAGGAAACCAGGACAUCGAUUUCUCCCCAUCAUUCACAAUGUUCCUCUCCACUAGGGACCCAUCGGUAGAGUUCUCCCCAGAUAUCUGCAGUCGUGUGACGUUUGUCAAUUUCACCAUGACGCGUAGCAGCCUCCAGAGUCAGUCCUUGGAUCAGGUACUCAAGGUUGAGCGGCCAGACACGGAGCGCAAACGAACAGAUCUCAUGAAGGUUCAAGGUGAAUUCAAACUACGUCUUCGGACUCUCGAGAAAUUGCUUUUGCAAGCCCUCAACGAAUCGUCGGGGAACAUCCUUGAUGACGACAAAGUCAUCGACACCUUGGAAACCCUCAAACGAGAAGCAGCGGAUAUCACCGCCAAAGUAGAGGAAACAGAAGUUGUCAUGAAAGAAGUAGAGCAAGUUACGGCGGAGUAUCUUCCAUUGGCCCAAGCCUGCAGUUCGGUGUUCUUUGUCUUGGAACAGCUGAACCUCGUGAACCACUUCUAUCAGUUCUCGUUGCAUUUCUUCCUCGACAUCUUCGACUACGUCCUCCACCACAACCCAAAUCUCAAGAACGUCUCGGACUAUGGUCAGCGCCGGGAUAUCUUGCUCAACGACCUCUUCUUGGUCUUAUACAGGCGUACCUCAAGAGCGCUUCUCCACCGCGACCAGGUGAUGUUGGCAGUACUGCUGGCACAAGUGAAACUUCGCGGCAUCGAAGAGAUUGGUGACGAACUUGAAUUCCUUUUGGAGAGUGGGGAAGGCGUCGCGACUACCUCAAACUCCUCUACUCAAAGCAACGUCCUUACCACUGAACAAAUCCACCGACUUGAUAACUACGCGAAACACUCAAUCUUCAAGCCCGUACAAUCACACCUCAUUGAAAACGAAGAUGCUUGGCUCCCUUUCUUAUCUUCCGCCGUACCAGAGAGUUGUGUGCCAACGCCGUGGUCGCCUGGAACUCCCGUCAUGGAGGCCAUACGCGCGUUACUGAUCAUCAAAUGCUUUAGGCCCGAUCGCUUGCUGCAAGCUACAGCAAAUUUCGUUCGAGUAGCGUUCGACCUCGACCUUUCAGCUGAAGCCAGCUUCGACUUGGGUAGUAUGGUCACGGAUGAGGUCCCCCCUACAUCGCCAAUAGCGCUGGUCUCUGUCACAGGCUAUGAUGCAAGUUAUAAAGUCGAGAAUCUCAUCAAAAACACAGGAAGCCGCUCUGCUUCUGUGGCCAUGGGCUCUCAAGAAGGGUUCACGCUUGCUGACCAGGCUAUUGCUACUGCAUCUCGACAAGGAACUUGGGUCUUACUGAAGAACGUCCACCUCGCGCCUUCGUGGCUAGGUCAACUUGAGAAGAAGCUUCAGACGCUUAACCCUAAUCGCAACUUCCGUCUAUUCAUUACCAUGGAAGCCAACCCUUCAAUUCCGGUCAACAUUCUCCGUCAAUCCCGUUUAAUCAUGAACGAACCUCCUCCUGGGAUCAAAGCGAACUUGGUUGACUCGUUGCGCUCCAUUCCUUCUGCGCGAUUAUCUCAAGGACCUGCUGAGAAAGUUCGCCUGUACUUCCUCCUCGCUUGGUUCCAUGCCGUUAUACAAGAACGACUCCGCUAUGCGCCCUUAGGUUGGAGCAAGAUCUAUGACUUCAACGAUUCCGAUAUGUCGGCUGCUUUUGGCAUGAUCGACACUUGGCUCGCUUCUGUGUCAAAGGGUAGAGCAAACAUCAAUCCAGCCACAAUACCGUGGGAUGCUCUUCGGUCUCUUAUCAAGCAGUCCGUCUACGGAGGCCGAGUAGAUAGUGAAUUCGAUCAGCGAAUCCUGGAUGCCUUCGUUGACGGGUUAUUCACCGCAUCAGCAUACGAUGUUGAUUUCGCUUUGGUACCAAGCCUGGGUAGAGACGAAGUAUUGGGCAUUCCCGAUGGCACCAAAAUGGAGCACUUCCUUACUUGGGUUCACGGUUUACCGGAUCGCGAGCCACCGUCCUGGCUUAGCUUACCUCCGACGGCCGAACGAGUUAUAGCCAUCGCUCAAGGCAACGAGCUCCUGGGGAAACUUCGUAAAAUGCGGAUGUUGACUGACGAUGAUGAUGGGGCCACAGUCAGUGGGCCUUCAAAGGCGGAAUCAUCACAACAACCUGCUUGGAUGAGAACAUUAUAUGAGCGUUGCCGUGAAUGGCUUGGAGUGCUGCCAACGAAAUUCAACACUCUCACCAGUCAGAACGCUGAAAGUCAAGAUCCUCUCUACCGCUUGUUUGCUAGAGAAGGUUUCAUUGGACGUAAACUUCUCGACCAAGUGCAGAAAGACCUCAGUGACGUCACCAAAGUUUGUCAAGGGGACCUCAAGCAGACGAAUCACUUGCGAACAUUGAUGAGUACCCUUACCAAAGGUACAAUCCCCGACCAUUGGCGUCGUUAUAAGGUCAACAAGGCGAUGACUGUAUCAGGAUGGGUCUCGGACUUUGCUCGCAGACUUUCACAGUUGGACACCAUCUCUGGCCUUGAAAAUCUUGACAACGUAGAGGUCUGGCUCGGAGGUCUCUUCUUCCCGGAAGCCUACAUCACGGCGACUCGACAAGCUGUGGCUCAUCGAAAGAGAUGGAGUCUCGAAACAUUGCAUAUGCGACUUGAUAUCGAACGCGUUAACGACCCUGAAGCAUUCAUCAUUGAUGGGUUGGCAUUGGAAGGGGCUGCUUGGGUGUCGGAUAGGCUUGAGCUCAAUGAUGGAGCUGCCGUCAGACUGAAUGCCUCGCAGAUCCGUUGGGUUCAGGUCGACCCCUCAUCCAACGAGAAUCUUGUCAAUCUCCCGGUCUAUCUGAACGCAGAUAGGAGCGACGUCUUGUUCACCAUAGACUUGCCAUUCGACCUUAGUGCUGGCGCUUUGGUUUCCACUCGCGCAGUUUGCUUGACUGCUGGCGGUUAA